UUCAGUGGUUCCCAAACUGGGGGCCAUGGCCCCCUGGGGGGCCAUAUAGCAGAAUGUAGGGGGCCAUAAUCUGAGUCUAUGCAUAAAUAAAACCAAAGGAGUUUAGCGGGUAGGUAGCCAGUGGAGGGAACUUACAGGUUCAGUACAGGUUUGUGCAAUGCCUUGCUGCCAGACACAUGGGUAAUACGUCCCUUUUUUUCUUUUUAUCUGAUUCUGUGUUCUUGACAUAAAACAAGACAUGGGGAUGUAUUAGGGAAGCAAGAUAAUUUUAACUCAACAUAAUUCUAAUCUAAGGCUUCCUAAGCUGUGUAUUCUGUAUGAUAACCUGGUCUUGAAUCUUACGUAUCAGCAAGGAUGUUCAUAUUAUUCAGUUAACCAGACAUUCACAGUUACAACAUUGAUCACCGUGUGUGCCUCCCCAUAUAAUCAGUUUCCUCCCACCUGUGAAUACUUCAGUAUUAUAUGAACUUAAGCCAACAUCAAUACCACUUUAAUGGUAAGUAAGCCCUGCAUCAUGAAGUAUAUUAAGAAGGUAAAUAAUAUCUGCUGUAUUUAUGCACAUUCUAUAACUUUUUUGUAACGUUAAAUCUAACUUCCUUUCUACCUCAUAUUUAUCAUUUUAUUAUUCUAAUCAUGGGUGAUGACAUAUGUUUGCGGUGUUAGAAAUAGCAGUUUUUUGUUUGUGCAUUGCAGGUACAGUGAUGGCUUCUAAUAAGAAACGCAACUAUGAUGACAACUACCUGGAUUUUGGAUUUACAAGCAUCACUGAUAAAGGUGUAGUGAAGCCUCAGUGUGUGAUUUGUCACAAAAUACUCACAGCUGAAUCACUAAGGCCCAGUAAGCUUAGAUUACAUCUGGAAACCAAGCAUCCUCAACAUGUUGGCAAAGAUCGUUCCUUCUUUAGUCGACAAGAAUUGAACAUGAAGAGACAGCGACUUGAUGCCAGUGGUUCCUUUCAUCAACAAAAUGCUGCCGUAGUGGAGGCAUCAUUUCUUGUAGCCCUUGAAAUAGCAAAGAAAAAGAAGCCUCACACAAUUGGGGAGGAAUUAAUUUUGCCAUGUGCCAAAACAAUGGUAAAGCUUGUUUUGGGUGAGAAAAGUGCUGAAAAGCUGAAUGCUAUUUCACUCUCAAAUAAUACAGUGCAACGCCGAAUCUCCCAAAUAUCUGAUGACAUCAGAGAGCAGGUGAUACAGGAAAUCAAAAGAGCUGGAUUAUUCAGUAUUCAACUCGAUGAGUCCACUGACGUCCAGUCCUGCUCACAACUCCUGGCUUUUGUAAGGUAUGUUCAUGAUGAGGAUCUGAAGGAGGAAUUCUUGUUUUGUGAGCCUCUUGAACAAUCUACAAAAGGUGAAGAUGUAAUGCAGAAACUUACAGAAUUCUUUGAAUCUGAAGGUCUUGACUGGGGCAAUCUUUGUGGGAUAUGCACAGACGGGGCUCCAGCCAUGUUGGGUUCUCAGUCAGGUUUUGUUACAAGAGUUAUACAAAAAGCACCAAAUGCUAUCCCUCUUCACUGCAUGAUCCACAGGCAAGCUCUUGCAUCAAAAACGCUACCCUCAGAAUUACAGGACACUCUGAAUACAAUUAUAAAGACAGUUAACUUUGUAAAAGGUAGUGCUCUUAACACACGCCUUUUCAAGAGACUCUGCCAAGAUAUGGAUGCAGCUCAUGAGACCCUCCUAUUUCAUACAGCAGUUCGCUGGCUAUCAAAAGGAAAUGUAGUUCAACGUGUAUUUGAGCUCAGAGAAUCUCUGAGAUCAGCCUCUUUCUCAGAAUACAGAACAAGCAAGAUUUGCUGUCAGCAUGGUCUGCAGAUAGCUUCGAAAUACGGCUAGCCUAUCUUGUUGACAUAUUUAGACAGUUGAACACACUGAACCUGGAACUCCAAGGGAAAGGAAGCUUGAUAAUCGAUUUUGUGGACAAAAUCAAAGCUUUCAUUCGUAAGAUGGAGAAUUGGAGGCGCAAAGUUGGAAUGGGAAACUUGGCAAUGCUGGAGACAGUGUCAGAAAUUGUAGAGAAGUGUGAUGCUGCUACGCAGAACUUGAUUACCCAACAUCUUGAGGCCUUGGAAGGGGAGUUUAAAAGAUACUUCCCAGAUAUCCAAAGCCUAACUUCUCGGCUAGUAAGGGCCCCCUUCACUGCUGCAGUGACAUGCAUUCCUGAUGACAAUGAUGAUGGCCAAACUGAGCUGUUGACACUUCAGGAGGAUUCAGGAGCUAAGAUGAAGUUUGAAACUGAAUCUCUCACAGUAUUUUGGUCAUCAAUGGCAGCUUCAUACCCAAACUUAUGUGACUUAGCUUUUCGCCACCUCCUACCAUUUUCAUCAACUUAUUCCUGCGAGGCUGCAUUCUCUCAACUACUCCACAUUAAAACGAAAUAUCGCAACAGACUUGAAGUGAAGCAUGACCUACGGUGUGCUUUAAGUGAAACAAAACCAAGAAUCAAGAAGCUUGUUGAUAAUCUGCAACAUCACCCUUCACACUGAGUGGAAUGGGGAUUCAAAAGUGAAGGAAACAUGAACGUGGCAUGAACGUUCAGAAGCAAAUGGUCUGGGAGGAGGUGGGUGUGUGGCCACUGAAGGCCAUGGUUGUGGCAGUUAAUUAUGACUCCCUAUGAUAGCAUUUCAUUUCAGAAUUACAAAGUUAUCAGAUUUGUAAGAUUCAAAGAUCAGAUCACAUUGCGUGGGAUUAAUACACUUUUUCAAUCCAGUGGAAUUUCUUUGUUUCUUAUUUUUUUUGCUUAUUGCUGAAACAGCUUUUCACAAUAAUGC